AUGACCUCCUUGGAGAAAAAAUCAGAGGCAGUGGACGCCUCGCCCAUCGAAGCCGACAACAAGAUUGAAAGGACAACCACCGAGGACCAUGCUGACGAGAAGGGCACUGCGGCGCAGGACCGUGACUAUGCCGGUGCCGUCACCAAAAUUUCCCCAGAGGAGCUCAGACUCGUCCGAAAACUCGACUGGCGUAUUAUGCCCACGCUGGUAAUAAUGUACUUCCUGAACUACAUUGACCGAAACACGCUUGCUCAGGCCCGGUUGAACAACCUGGAGAAAGAGCUCGGCAUGCACGGCACUCAAUUCAACACCACCAUCUCCAUUCUAUUCGUCGGAUACGUCCUCACGCAGGUCCCGAGUAACAUGUUGAUCACCAGAGUGCCGCCAAGCAUCUAUAUGAGUGCCUGGAUGGUGGUCUGGUCUGUCGUUUCCGCUUGCACCGCGUUGGUUCAGUCGUAUUCUGGAUUAGUGGUCUGUCGGUUCCUUCUUGGAAUUACGGAAGCUCCUUUUUAUCCUGGAGCUACCUAUAUCCUAUCCAUAUUUUAUACUCGAAGAGAGGUCGCCGCUCGAAUCGCAAUGUUAUACUGUGCCCAGAUUUUAGCAACUGGUUUCGCCGGGUUAAUCGCUGCUGGUGUAUUCUCCGGCCUUGAUCACGCCAGGGGGCUAUCGGGAUGGCGAUGGCUGUUCAUAAUCGAAGGUUCUGUGUCAGGUGCUGUUGCCAUCGCCGGCUUUUGGUUGCUCCCAAACACUCCGUUGACGACUCGAUGGUUAAAGGACACGGAGCGUGACCUUGCUCAUAGUCGAAUACAGAGGGACAAGAUGGGAGAGCCAGAGAUGGCGUCGACUAUGGAGGGACUUAAACAGGCUGUCCGAGAUCCAAGGACGUGGAUCUUCUGCCUGAUGCAGAAUUUCCAUCUCUCGGCUUGUGGAUUCAACAGUUUCUUCCCAACCGUGGUCAAGACUCUCGGGUUCAACACAACCAUCACCCUCGUCCUGACAUGUCCUCCCUUCCUCUUCGCUGGAGCAGCCGGUAUUUUAUUCGGAUAUACCUCUGGCCGUUUCCACGAGCGCACUUGGCAUAUCACUGCCGGUCUUGCCACUGCUAUCGUCGGAUUUGUGAUUGCAGCCUCGACUCUUAACACGGUUGGUCGCUACAUCGCCUGUUUCAUCUUCCCGAUCGGUGCAUAUUCAGUAAAUUCAGUCAUCAUCGGUUGGGCGUCAUCGACUCUCUCUCAGACUCGCGAAAAACAAGCUGUCGUCUUAGCCAUGACGAAUGUUGGUGGACAGAUAGGGUACAUAUACGGAGCGUACGUCUGGCCCAGCUCCGACUCUCCAAGAUACGGCAUUGGCUUUGGAUCCUCUGCCGGCUUCGCCUUUUGUUCCAUUAUUUGUGCUUGGUGGAUGAGGUAUCUCUUGAAGAAGGAGAACAAGAAGCUGAAGGAAACCGCCACGGAAACUACCAACUUGUAUGCUGUCUCAGGCCUACCAGACCCCAUGUCGUCCUUUCAGCAGUCCUCCAUGCCCAGUGACUUCUUCCUCGACAGCCCGGUUCCGCCGAAGCUAGAUCUGACCGGCGCAAGAUCUCGCUUCUACCACUCACCCCAGUCGGCAUCGGCAGCCUCGUCACUAUGUCGCACUAUCUCAUCGGCGUCGAAGAGUAGUCGAAAGCGUGCACGGUAUGGAUACGACGGGCUAGAUGGAAACGUCGGCGGGUUGGACGAACGGGUUCUCUGGGACCACCAGCCUUCCUUCUCAAGGGUCUCGAGCCCUGUUCCCUUGGCCAACACAAGGUAUCUCCUGGCCGAAGGAGGGCUUGAUACCGGGCUCCUGACGACGACGGCGAAGACAUCGUUACUAGGAUACACGUCACAGCGAGAUGGCGAGAAUGAGGAAUCAGAGCUUGAUUACCGGCCCACCCGAUAUAGAGAACCUAGCCGGACGAUGGGUAUGAGGAUGGAUGUCGACGCAGACUUUGCGCCCCCUACACCUUCACCGUUUGAAGGAACGAAAAGGAAGCGCGGGAUAUCGACGACACAGGGCGAUGAUACAGAUGUGAAGGGUACGCCAACCACCACCAGCUGGGGAAAGUCAGUGAUCAACCUCGUCGGAGGUGUUGCUGGGAAAGUCUGGGAUUUCUGCUGGUCGGGUCCGUUUCGGGGAUUCCACGCUGGUGGAGGCAGAGGAUAUGAUAUCGAUACCACCACGUCCACCGUUCAGGCAAGCCAGACCUGGGACACAUCCUCGCCGCAGCAGAAGAAGAAGAGCUACCGAUGCCAUCAGCGGGAGGAAACACCCGUACCCGGCCAGUACCCGGUAGACGACAGCUACCCCAUCGAAAAACCCCGCCGGGACGAUCUACAUAACAGCUGGGUCAUAGUCAAGGAGGACAAAGAUUCUCGAGAAACCAGCCCUUCGCACAGCUCGAGAAAGAUGCCUCGCAGAAGCAGCGUCAUCCACCACGUUCCUGCCCGCCGCCCAGCUGCUCGAGUACAGCCAAAGAGACCUGCCACACCCCUUGCGCCCACACGGCCGUCGAGUUUCACUCAACAGCCUUCCUCUCCGCCAUCUAUCUACAAGACGCCUCCCAAGUUCAGCACCGUACCCAACCCUAAUGAAAGCCCCUUGUCGGUCGAGACCCAAAGGUAUGCGGCAAAGCUAAGGCGCAAGGAACGUGAAGAAGAUGCUAGUAUGCGAAGACUGAACCAUCAGUUGAAAGCCAUGAUCAAGGAAGGAAAAGAAGCGUUAGGAACGCGGAUAGAAGUGGACGAGAUGGAUUUGGGGGAAUGGGAUUAA